AUGCUCUCCUCCAAGCUAUUCCUCCUCCUCUUUUCCUCAAUAUCAUCUGCCGCCGUUAUCCCACGAGACAACAGCGUACCACCCGGCUACUGCUGCUUCACACUCUCAGAUCCAUCAACUGGUAAAACUGUCCAGCAGAACACGGAAUACGGCUUCCUCUACUUCGACGCGAGCCAGCCGUUAGGCUCGUAUUGCAUCAAUCUCUCAGACACUACUCGGCCCAUUCUGUGGGGUGAUGGCUUCAACAACGCUUGCAUCAUUGCCUGGGAUGGACACUUUCAGUGCCUUGAUCCUACUCCUGGUGAUGACAAGUGGGCGCUAGGUCAUAAUGGCCGCAGUAGCAGCACUCCUUUGUUGCUACAUAACGGCUCUCCCGCGUAUCAAGCGUGCCCCAACACAAGCGGAGGCGAAUUCAUCUCGUCUGGAGCCACAGGGGUAUCUGGGUGCAGGAAUAUCCAGCUGGAGGCCACAGGUCUCAAGGGUACAUGCACGGGCUUCACCAGUUAA